GGGCAGCAGGCGCUGGGCUUGGGCACUGGAGCCCAGCCCCAGGCCGCACCUCCAGCAGCGCUGGGUGCAGAAGCAGCCACCAAGCUGGUGGAGAGAGGGAGAGAGGGAGUGCCCAGACACAUGUUGCUUCUGGGGUAAGGUAAGGGCUGGCCCCGCUGGAGUGAGGAGGAGAGGCCGGGCAGGGGGAUGCCCUGGGCAAGCAUGAGUGUGUGUGUGUGGUGAGUUUGUGUGUUUGUGGGCAUGUGUGUCAGGGUGUGUACACUGUCUGCAGGCACCACGGGAGGGGUCCAGGAUGUUCAGCAUAAGAAGUAAGGAAACACGACCACAUGUUGCUGCAGGUCCAGCGCUCUCACUCUCUCUCUGUCUCUCUCUCUCUCUGUCUGUCUCCUCUGUUGCCCUUCCUCCCCACUUCUCCUGCUCUGCUGCUCCCUCUUCUCUUUCUCCUUUGCUCUCUGUGUCCGUUUCUCUCUUUUCUGUGUGACUCUCUGCAUUUCCUUCUCUCUCUGUCUCUGUCUCUCUCUUCUCUGUCUCUGCCUCCCUCCUCCCUCUCUCAACCUUCCAUCCCUGCCACCUGUUUCCACCACCUCCUGGUCAGUCCCCCAUCAUCCCUCGUCUGUCCUCCAGAGCUCUGGGGCAGUCAGGAGCUCUGCAGGGUGCCCACCCCGGCGGCUGGGCUCACGCCUGCUGCCCUCCGGAUGCCCGGUGGCUUGUGACCAUCCCCAGAGCCACUGGCCAAGCGCACACCCUUUUCUGAGCCCUGCGUCCCUGCGAUCCUGCAAGGUUCUGAAGGCGGAGUGGCCAGCAGGAUGCCCGGCUUGCUGAAUUGGAUCACCGGGGCAGCUCUGCCCCUCACGGCGUCUGAUGUUACCUCCUGCGUCAGUGGUUAUGCCCUGGGCCUAACUGCCUCACUCACCUAUGGCAACCUGGAAGCCCAGCCCUUCCAGGGCCUCUUUGUGUACCCCCUGGAUGAGGGCACCACGGUGAUCGGCUUUGAGGCAGUCAUUGCAGACCGCAUCGUGACGGUACAGAUCAAGGACAAAGCGAAGCUGGAGAGCGGCCACUUAGAUGCCUCCCAUGUUCGAUCCCCAACAGUCACAGGGAACACUCUGCAAGAGAGGGUUUCCAUCGCCCGUCAUUCCUGCACUCCGGGAAAAGUGACCUUGGACGAGGAUUUGGAGCGGAUCCUGUUCGUGGUCAACCUGGGGACCAUUGCCCCCAUGGAGAAUGUCACCAUCUUCAUCAGCACCUCUUCGGAGCUCCCAACGCUGCCCAGCGGGGCUGUGAGGGUCCUUCUGCCUGCUGUCUGUGCCCCCACUGUGCCCCAGUUCUGCACCAAGAGCACUGGCACCACCGAGCAACAGGCACAGGGCAAAGACGGGCACUGCUUCGGUGCCUGGGCCCCGGGCUCCUGGAAUAAGUUGUGCCUGGCAACUCUUUUAAACACUGAUGUGUCCAACCCUAUGGAGUAUGAGUUCAACUUCCAGCUGGAGAUCCGCGGGCCAUGUCUGCUUGCAGGGGUGGAGAGUCCCACACAUGAGAUUCGUGCUGACGCCGCCCCAUCUGCCCGCUCUGCCAAGAGCAUCAUCAUCACCUUGGCCAACAAGCACACCUUCGACCGGCCCGUGGAGAUCCUCAUCCACCCAAGCGAGCCCCAUAUGCCCCAUGUCCUGAUAGAGAAAGGGGACAUGACGCUGGGAGAAUUUGACCAGCACUUGAAGGGAAGAACAGAUUUCAUUAAAGGGAUGAAGAAGGACAGCAGUGCAGAGCGAAAGACAGAAAUCAUUCGAAAGCGCCUCCACAAAGACAUUCCCCACCACUCCGUCAUCAUGCUCAAUUUCUGCCCCGACCUCCAGUCAGUCCAGCCGAGCCUGAGAAAGGCCCACGGGGAGUUCAUCUUCCUCAUUGACAGGAGCAGCAGCAUGAGCGGGAUCAGCAUGCACCGCGUCAAGGAUGCCAUGUUGGUGGCCCUUAAGAGCCUCAUGCCAGCCUGUCUCUUCAAUAUCAUUGGGUUUGGAUCCACAUUUAAGAGCCUUUUUCCUUCCAGCCAGUCCUACAGUGAGGAGAGUUUGGCCAUGGCCUGUGAUAACAUCCAGAGAAUGAAGGCCGACAUGGGUGGCACCAACAUCCUUUCCCCUCUCAAGUGGGUCAUCAGGCAGCCAGUGCACCAAGGCCACCCUCGGCUACUCUUCCUGAUCACAGACGGCGCUGUCAACAACACGGGGAAGGUGCUGGAGCUGGUGCGAAAUCACGCCUUCUCCACCAGGUGCUAUAGCUUUGGAAUCGGACCCAAUGUCUGCCACAGACUGGUGAAAGGGCUGGCAUCUGUGUCCAAGGGCAGUGCUGAGUUCCUGACGGAGGGAGAGCGGCUGCAACCCAAGAUGGUCAAGUCCUUGAAGAAGGCCAUGGCCCCAGUCCUGAGUGAUGUGACUGUGGAGUGGGUCUUCCCCAAGACCACUGAGGUCCUGGUCUCACCCAUCAGUGCCAGCUCCCUCUUCCCUGGAGAACGGCUGGUGGGGUAUGGCAUUGUCUGUGAUGCUUCCUUACACAUCUCUCAUCCCAGAUCUGACAAGAGGCAGCAGUACAGCAUGCUGCACUCUCAGGAAUUUGGCAGCUCCGUCUUCUACCACUCUCAGGAUGAGGGACCCGGACCGGAAGGUGGAGACUGUGCCAAGAACUUGGGAGCACCCUUCAUCCUGGGGCAGGCCAAGGAUGCCCGGCUGGUCAGCAGAGACUCCGCGGCCAAGCACGAUCUGAACCUCUCCCAGCGACGGAGGGCAUACAGCACCAACCAGAUCACCAAUCCCAAGCCCCGCCCAAGGGCUACCACGGCGAGUGACCCCAUGCCAGCUGCCAGGAGAUACCCACUGCGGAAAGCCAGGCUGCAGGACCUCACCAACCAGACCAGCCUGGAUGUCCAGCGGUGGCAGAUUGAUUUGCAGCCCUUACUGAACAGUGGUCAGGACCUGAACCAGGGCCCCAAGCUCCGUGGUCCAGGGGCCCGAAGACCCUCUCUGCUGCCCCAAGGCUGCCAGCCCUUCCUGACCGGGGGCCAAGAGACCCAGGCCUGGAGCCCUGUGAGGGAGCGGGAUCCUGGGUCCAGCCUGAAGGUUGCCUCUAACAGCCAAAGCCCGGGAGAUCUGGAGCCGUCCCAUCACCCCUCUGUCUUCGAAAGAGAGCUGUCCUCGGACUGGGAGCCCCCAGCCGAGUCCCAGGAGCAAGCCAGUCCCGGCAGGCCCGCCACCCCGGGCCCGGUAGUGGGCAAGGCUCUGGUCAAAGGCCUGCGCGACAGCCAACGCCUGCAGUGGGAGGUGAGCUUCGAGCUGGGGUCCCCCAGCCUGGAGCGGAGCAGCGCGCGCGAUGCCGACCUGUGGGGCGAGACCUUCCACCACUUGGCUGCCCGCGCCAUCAUCCGCGACUUCGAACAGCUGGCGGAACGCGAGGGCGAGAUAGAGAUUGGGUCCAACCGCCGCUACCAGGUGAACGCUGUGCACACCAGCAAAGCCUGCAACAUCAUCAGCAAAUACACAGCCUUCGUGCCUGUGGAUGUGAGCAAGAGCAGGUACCUGCCCACCGUGGUGGAGUACCCCAGCUCUGGUAAGGCAGGAGAUCCGUGGAUGGUGAGCUCUCGGACCCUGAUCCAACAGUGGAGGGGCACCUCUUCUGGCUUCAGACGGUCGCAGACCAUGCUUGGAAAAGACUCGGCCGCAGGAGAUGGCAAAUUUCAGACCCUAAACACGGAGGCAGGUCCCACCGCUCCUGUCAGCGAGGCCACAUUCCCUGGCCGUGAGAAACACGCCACUUCUGAAGGUCCCCUGCACAGCCUGGCCUCAAAUACUCUUUCUUCCAUGAAGGCCCCAGAGAAUCUCUUUGGAUCCAGGCUAAAUCUCAACAAGUCCAGGCUACUGACGCGAGCAGCCAAGGGGUUCCUGAGCAAGACACCGAUCAAAGCUAUGGAGUCGACCUCCGGAAGCCAGAGCUUCGACUAUGUGCCGCUGGUGUCUCUGCAGCUGGCCUCCGGAGCCUUCCUACUCAACCAAGCAUUCUGUGAGGCCACGCACAUCCCCAUGGAGAAGCUCAAGUGGACCUCCCCCUUCACCUGCCACCGAGUGUCCCUCACCGCCCGCCCGUCUGAGUCCAAGACCCCGAGUCCCCAGCUGUGCACCAGCCCCCCGCCUCGGCACCCCUCCUAUGACAGCUUCUCCCUGGAGCCUCCAGCCGAGGGCAAGCUGGGCCUGGAGCCGAGGGCAGUGGUGGAGCACACUGGGAAGCUAUGGGCCACGGUGGUGGGGCUGGCAUGGCUGGAGCACAGCUCGGCCUCCUACUUCACUGAGUGGGAGCUGGUGGCCGCCAAGGCCAACUCAUGGCUGGAGCAGCAGGAAGUACCUGAGGGCCGCACGCAGGGCACACUCAAGGCUGCUGCCCGCCAGCUGUUUGUGCUUCUGCGGCACUGGGAUGAGAAUCUGGAGUUCAAUAUGCUCUGCUAUAACCCGAAUUAUGUGUAGCUGGGUGAGGGGAGGCUGGGCGGAGGGAAAGGAUGGGCGGAGCCGUGUCGGCCUGGUCUGGGGAGCUUUUGGAGCUGUAGCCAAUAUAUCAGUUACUAGAAAAAGCCCUGGCCUGGCAAUCAGGAGGCCUGAGUUCCAUCCCAACUUUACUACCAUCCAGCCAUGCAACUUUAGACCAGUCCCUGCCCCCCAUCUGGGCCUCGGUUUCCUCACCUAUGAAAUAAGAGGGUAAGGGUGGUGGAGUGGAUCUCAAGUGGUUCAGUGGUUCCUUUCUGCCCAUUCAGGCAGUCCUGGGCCCACUGCUGCGGGGCUGGGGAGAGGGCACAGUGGAGGCCUGAGCUCUCCCUGUAGCUAGACCAGAGUGGGCAUGGAGAGGACACAGCAAUGCCCACUCAAAUAAAAGGGUGGGUGAGAGAACCCAGUGACCAUAAGUAACCAGGCCUGCAGGCUGGCACAGGCACAUAGACACCAGCAAGUCUGGUGCUUGGAGGACAGGCUCUUGUCUCCAUGGUAACAGCCCAGGACCCCCUGCAUCCCACUUAAAAGCCAACUGGAGAACCAUCCUUCCCAACGCUUUACAGAAGAGUUGCUCGUGGGACUUUUGUUUUGGCUAGGAAGCUUCCUUAGUACGUACUAGUACUGGCCUGCCGAUCCGAUCAUUAGUGGCUCCCUAACUGAGAAGAGGUGGUGGCAGGGCCAGGGGAGACAUCUUGUGAGUUGAAGUGUUAGAUUUAAAGUGGCAGUCUGUGCAAAAAUAGUCCUAAAAGAAUAGACAUGGUCACCUAGAAGUCAGUGAAGACGCCUGCCAGACAACACCUUACCUAAUUCACACACUUCUAGGAAUUGGGUAAUGUGAACUGCAUCACUUGUACUGAGGCACUAGGGAGGCACCUCUGUGUAGGUCACACCAUGGGAUCAGGGGGCCCUCUCGGGCCAUGCCAUGCUGUGGGAGAGAGGUAUCUUUUUGCAACAAAGAACCAUGCUUGGCUGCACUGCCUUUGGGAAUGGCAGCUCUGGCCAGCGGGAGGCCAGAUUUGUUUGGUGAAAUGAAUGAAUUGACACUUCAGACAGGCUCCCUUGGCGGCUUCUCGCCCUCAAGCCCACGGUGUGGUGCCCACGUGGGGACUGGAGUGCUGUGGCCUCAGAGUCCCUAAUGGCUGGCAUGGAGCUGCCCAGUCUCCUCUGCCCCACAGACUCCCCUGGAGGUGGGUCUGGACCUCACCAAGGGACCCCACCAGCUUGGGAUCUCAGGCUGAAUCUCUCUACCCUGGAAAGCCCCUCCUUCAAGGCCUUAAUCUCUCCUCAUCAAAUUCUGUCCCAACCUUAGUGUGAAGCUCCACAGACUUCGGGAAGACCUUGAGCGCUUAGCUUAUCAAACCAACCCAUGGGAUCCUGUGCGCUCCGGCACAAGCCCCAGCCUCAGGAAGACUCAGAAGUGUGCAACCUCCAGCAGGGGCUGGAGCCGGGGAGGGGGCUUAGACUUAGUCUAAGAGGCACUGGAGUCAUUGGAUCCAGGCAAUUCUGACCCUUGGGAGUGGUGAUGGGAGAGGUCUGGUUUGGCUAGGGAGAACAGGGGGUGGACAUCUAGCCCAGGCUUGAGAUGGGAGGAGCAGAACCAAGCAUGACUUCCUGGAGAAGGUCAAGGCUAAGCCAAGUCUUGCAGGAUGAGGAGUUAUGGCCAAAGGCCUCCAGAGGAGAGGCUUUGGUCCUGCCAUCUGUGGGUGUGGCCUCGGAUUAGCACUAAUGAGGCCCCCUCUGCACUAACGGUGAGCCCCCUGAGCUUUCAGACACUUGUUUAUGAUAUGGGUACAGGUGACCACAACAGCACAUGGUAUCGCACAGCCAGAAGGGCGCUCAUGCUGGGGGCCUCCUUGUCCCGGUGGAGCAGAGGCGUCCCUGCAACCGAGUGCCCUGAGGGCCCAACCUCCUGCCACACGCAGAUGCAGCCCUGUCUCUGAGGCCCUUCAGGCUUGAGACCACUUCCAGGUGCCAGGAAAACUGGCACCAUAGUUUGACAGAGUUACACUGGACUUGUCCAGAAGCAGCCUCAGUUUCCAGCCGGCAUCGCUGUUUCCCAGCCAGUCCCCUCUCUGCGGGCAAAAUGAAUGGCAUCCCCUGGCCUUCACUGACCUGGGCUGCCACUCACUGUGGCUGAUGAAGGGACUAGCUGCCUCCAAGCCUAGAUUCUGGUGGGCUUUCACCUGUUCUUCAGAGACAUGAAAAGCAAGGGUUCCUCUUUCUCCCUGGUUCACCAGGAACAGCUGUCAGAAAAGGUUUCUGGAAGUUUCCUCUAGAUCUUGACUUGCCCUCUGUCGAUCCCUACCCUUAUUUGAGGGCCAUGCUACUGUUCCCCUUCUCUCUUCCUUGGCAGGGACUCCCCAUGAGAGGGAAGGAGGAAAGGGGUCUCCUCCAUCUGGGUACAGCCUGCCCCCUCCACCCUGAGAUUGGCUGCCCCAUUGACCUGUCUGGCUGGAACGUCCAUGACACCCCAGCACCUGUCAUUCAGGAGUCCAAAUGCCCAAAUGCACAUCUCUCUAUGUGAACACUGUAACGUCCCCAGGUGGUCCCCAUAUUCAAAUGCAUUCUGCACUUUUAGUGCCCUGGGAAAUGAGGGGUAAGGGUACUGCCACCCCAGGAAUGGGGCACGUGCUCAUUGCCAUGGCACCUGGAAGAUUUUUUUUUCUUACCAAUCUAGCGGAGGCUAUAGAAGUCAACAGAAAAAAGAUGGACACAUUUUUCAGCUGUAACAUAGCAUGCUCUGUAAUGCCAGUGUAAAAAUAACCGGGGCAAGGGUGCGUGUGGCAUUUUGCAGCUGGGUAAUCUGAUCUGCAGAGAUCUGUCCAAGGUCAGGGGCUUGGCAGCAGCUCCUGGCCACGCCUACAGCCCCCAACCGUGGACCUCUCUGCCCCGUGUGUCCAACCCUGCUCCCAGCCCGUUGACUUUAGCCUCUCAACAGCACUGCCUCCCAGGGUUACUCAACAAGGUGGGAUUUCUCCUGUUCAUGCUGCAAAUCUCCUUGGCUCAGAGCCAGCCGUCUUGAGCGUACAGCCGCGUCCCAAUGCAAAGCGCCUCAUCUCAAUGCAGCUGACUGUGGUGACACGUGGUAUAGUUUCACUGUCUGCCCAGGUGGCUUUGGCUCAAGUGGCAUGGCUGGUGCUUGUCCCCGUCAGAGCCUCAAGUGCCUACAACAUGCUACCCAUGCCCUCGCCUGCUCACCUAUAAUGUCCCCACAGUGCCUGUGACAAUUUCUUCUAGGAAUGCACAUCGCCUGCUUGCUUGGUAGCCAAUUACAUAGAUGUCAUGGAAGUCCUGGGUGUCAGCUGUCUAGUGUCCACCAAUAUUCAGCAGAUCCUACCCUCGGGUUGUGUGUGUGUGUCUGUUCUCAAAGAAAUGGCUUCUUUGUACAUGGUGGCUACUGUUCUCUUCUAGGCUUUGAGCUGAUAAAAAUUGUUGAACCUGGUAAUAUGACAAAAUUAUACUUG